AGCCGUAGGAGUGGCUAUAUUAGAGCGCUGGCAAAGCUACGUACUUCAUUGCUGUAGUAGAUCCUAGAGUGCUCAGUUACUCGGACCUGCAGUGAGAAACCACGAGUUCUCGGUUGUCUUCAGGGAUGAGUCAUGUGGCGGUGGAAAAUGCGCUUGGGCUGGACCAGCAGUUUGCCGGUCUAGACCUGAACUCUUCUGAUAAUCAGAGCGCAGGAGCAGGAGGAAGUACAGCAAGUAGUAAAGGGCGCUAUAUACCUCCUCACUUAAGGAACAGGGAAGCGUCUAAAGGAUUAUAUGAUAAGGACAGUUCGGGAUGGAGUUGUAGUAAAGAUAAGGACGCAUACAGCAGUUUUGGGUCUCGUGAUUCAAGAGGAAAGCCUGGUUAUUUCAGUGAUCGUGGAAGUGGAUCGAGGGGAAGAUUUGAUGAUAGGGGACGAAGUGACUAUGAUGGUCUUGGUAGUCGUGGUGACAGAACUGGCUUUGGCAAAUUUGAACGCAGUGGACACAGUCGUUGGUGUGACAAAUCAGAUGAAGAUGAUUGGUCAAAACCACUUCCACCAAGUGAACGCUUAGAGCAGGAACUUUUUUCUGGAGGAAACACUGGGAUUAACUUUGAGAAAUAUGAUGACAUACCAGUCGAGGCAACUGGGAAUAACUGUCCUCCACAUAUUGAAAGUUUCAGUGAUGUUGAGAUGGGAGAAAUUAUCAUGGGGAACAUUGAGCUUACUCGUUACACUCGUCCUACUCCAGUGCAAAAACAUGCUAUUCCCAUUAUUAAAGAAAAAAGAGACUUAAUGGCUUGUGCUCAAACAGGAUCUGGAAAAACUGCUGCAUUUCUUUUGCCCAUCCUGAGUCAGAUAUAUACAGAUGGUCCAGGAGAGGCUUUGAAAGCUGUGAAGGAAAAUGGAAGAUAUGGACGCCGCAAACAAUACCCAAUCUCCUUGGUUUUAGCUCCAACAAGGGAGUUGGCUGUUCAGAUCUAUGAGGAAGCCAGAAAAUUUUCAUACCGAUCCAGAGUUCGUCCUUGUGUAGUGUAUGGCGGUGCUGAUAUUGGUCAACAGAUUCGGGACUUAGAACGCGGAUGCCACUUACUAGUAGCCACUCCAGGACGCCUGGUGGAUAUGAUGGAAAGAGGAAAAAUUGGAUUAGACUUCUGCAAAUACUUAGUGUUGGAUGAAGCUGAUAGAAUGCUGGAUAUGGGAUUCGAACCUCAGAUUCGUCGUAUAGUUGAACAAGAUACUAUGCCACCAAAGGGUGUUCGUCACACCAUGAUGUUUAGUGCUACUUUUCCUAAGGAAAUACAGAUGCUUGCUCGUGACUUCUUGGAUGAAUAUAUCUUUUUGGCUGUAGGCAGAGUAGGCUCAACUUCUGAGAAUAUUACCCAGAAAGUAGUGUGGGUGGAAGAGUCAGAUAAACGGUCAUUUCUGCUUGAUCUCUUAAAUGCAACAGGGAAAGAUUCAUUGACUUUAGUGUUCGUGGAAACAAAAAAGGGUGCAGAUUCUCUGGAGGAUUUCUUAUACCAUGAAGGAUAUGCUUGUACCAGUAUUCAUGGUGACCGAUCACAGAGAGAUCGAGAGGAGGCACUCCACCAGUUCCGCUCUGGGAAAAGCCCAAUUCUAGUGGCUACAGCUGUGGCAGCAAGAGGACUAGAUAUUUCAAAUGUGAAACAUGUUAUCAAUUUUGAUUUGCCAAGUGAUAUUGAAGAAUAUGUACAUCGUAUUGGGCGUACAGGACGUGUGGGGAACCUUGGCCUUGCCACCUCGUUUUUUAAUGAAAGAAAUGUAAAUAUUACAAAGGACUUGUUGGAUCUUCUUGUCGAAGCUAAACAAGAAGUGCCAUCUUGGUUGGAAAAUAUGGCUUAUGAACACCAUUACAAGGGUAGCAGUCGUGGACGUUCUAAGAGUAGAUUCAGUGGAGGAUUCGGUGCCAGAGACUAUCGACAGAGCAGUGGUUCCAGCAGUUCUGGUUUUGGUAGUAGUCGUGCAAGCAGCAGCCGCAGUGGUGGAGGCGGCCAUUCCAGCAGCAGAGGAUUUGGUGGAGGUGGCUAUGGAGGCUUCUACAAUAGUGAUGGAUAUGGAGGAAAUUAUAACUCCCAGGGUGUUGACUGGUGGGGCAACUGAAUCUGCUUUGCAGCAAAAAAAAAAAAAAAGCCAACUUUUCAAACAAGCUCAUACGGAAACCACAUGUAACUUAGCCAGACUAUAUUGUGUAGCUUCAAGAACUUUUCAGUACGUUAUCAGCUAUGAUUCUCCUAAACAUUCAAGGAAGAGCAAAGUCACAAGAAGAAAUGAAAGGAACAAUCAGCAGCUCUAUUCAGAAGUUGAUUUGAAGACUUAAUUGCUGUAGUUUGGAUUUAACUCUCCCCUCCUGCUUAGUCCCACCCCAAACUGCAUUUAUAAUUUUGUGACUGAGGAUCAUUUGUUUGUUAAUGUACUGUGACUUUAACUUUAGACAACUUAUUAUUUUGAUGUCUUGUUGGCUCAGUAAUGCUCAAGAUACCAAUUGUUUAAACCAAAUAAAUUUACUGAACUUGGGCUAACAUCAAACCUUGGUACACAGGUGUGAUAUCACUUUAUAGGAAUUAUCAGUUCAUUCCUAAAUAUGUUAAAAGAAAAACCUUUAAGAUAGUAGCCCUCAUUAAGACUUUCUAGUAUUUGGCAAACUAGAAGAGAAAACAGCAUAAAGCAUAGUUUCUUUCUAAAGUGGCAAACUAUGGUAGAUUUAAGUUCUGAUUGGCUCACUCUAUCCUGGAUAGGCACUUUUACAACCUUUUACUCUAGCCAUUCAGUCAUGAUAAUGCGAGAUGUAUGAACAUUAACAUUUUUGAAAGUACUCUUUGAAGUUAAUGCUGGUAAAUAUACUGAUUUCUUAUUUAAUCUUUAGGCAGUUCUAAGCUGGGCAAAUGUGAGAAUAUUUACAGUAAAAGUUUAAAAGUCUGAUAACUUGCUUAGGGGAGAUGUCUUUGAAUUAGAUUUUUUUUCAUGCCUGCCAUAAAUAAAAUAGGAAUGGUAGAGUGGCUGACCAUGGCAAUUACCAGUCCUCCUUACAGGCCUGGUUUGAUUCUGGUCUUUAAUGCAUGCUAGUGUUGAUGUUUUUUGGUCAAGAAGUUAUGAACAGAAAGGAUUAUGCAGCAGGCUUUAUUAAUGCAGAUUCACAUUGCUCUGUUAAAGCUGCGUUGAAAUGUUAAAAUGGCUUACACUUGUAGACUUUGUAAAUCUAAAAAUAACUAAAAUCCUUGAGUUCACACAGGUUGGAAAUACGUACUAAACUACACAAGUUUCUAUAUAAGGCAGUUUUAAUGUAUUUUAGUUGCAUAGGUUUCCAUUGUAGUGGUAGUCUAUUUAUGCUGAAUUUGGCCAAAGAUGAUUGUCCACCAUUUAAAAACACCUCUCUCACUUGGAAUUCUGUGUUGAUUUUGUGGCCAGAAUAUAGUGAUCUUUUAAAAAAAAAACAAAUCUUGACAGCGGCAAAAGAAGUUGGCAAAAAUUUCUCAGCAGUGCAAUAGAUUUUCAAGUAUAUUGUGCCUUGUUCUAAAAAUUUAUUAAAGUGGGUGCACUUGACAGUAUUGAGGUCAUUUGUUAUGGUGCUAUUUCAAUUAGUAUAGGUUUAGACUCUUGUACAUUUUGCCCAUAACUUUUUACAAAAUACUUAUUUUAUUGCACAUUUGGAGAAUUUGUAUAUGUAUAUAUAUAUGUGUGUGUCUUGUGUAAGUGUUCUGAAACUUCCAAUCGUAUUUUGUCUCUUGGAGAUAGUUGAACACAGCUUGUCAAAGACUAGAAUCUAAAAUUUUAUUCGGGACCAUGGAAUGACAGUUAAGAAGAAAACUAUUUGCACAUGGUAGAUUUUAGAUACAUUUUGCUGCUAAUUUAUGUAGUAUUUAUUGAACAUUUUGACGAAUAUUUAUUUUUGUAAGCCUAAAAUUGAUUCUUUGAAAGUUACACUUGACCAAAAGACAGUACAAAAAACACUGGCACUUGAAUGUUGAAUGUCACCGUAUGUGAAAUAAUGCAUUUGGGGUAGUGUGAGCUUUUAAUGUUAAGUCCUAUGAAACUUGAGUCAAAUUAAGCAGACCCAGCAUUGGCAAUGUAGCUAUUAUUUUCUGACAUAAUUUAAGACAGAAUUGGCAACUUGAAAUUAAAAUAUGCCAAGGUUUUGAUAUUCUUAAGAUACUAACAAAGCACUUCUAUAGAUAAGAAGUGUCCACAUUCUCAAAAGGUUUUGUAGUUUUCUUUAGUUAGGCUUUUGUUCAGUUUGGUUUUCAGUGAUUGUCUGGCAUAUUUGAAAUCUUCCAACAUGUGGUUAUCUUGUGUAUUGCCAUAAUCAGUGACUUUUACAUUCAGUUUUAUCAGCCAGCAAUAGUUUGAGUAAAUAAAAAUAGAUUGAACUUGCUGAAUGUAAACAUGGCAUCUCAAGUCACUGUAAGUUAGGUAAUUGCAUAUUGUAUUAGUUUUAGAUGCUAGCACUGCAUGUGCUUUGUUUAUUCUGAUUUUGUUAAAAUAAAAAGUUGAUCACAAUCUUA